AGCAGACAGUGUCAGACGUCAGAGAUCUCACAGAGUGAAGCAACCUUUGUCAACUUGUCUUCUUCUACUUGUUUGUCAAGUUUUGUCGUGCAGGACCACAGCAGCACCAGGAGCCAUGGCAGACCCGUGGCAGAGGGCCUAUGACUUUGCCGUGGAAGUGGCGAGAAAAGCCGGGGCGGAAAUUAGGAAAGCCGGCGAAAGCGAAAUACGGGUGAUGACCAAGAGCUCCACUGUGGACUUGGUCACCAAGACGGACGAGAGGGUGGAGAAAAUCAUCAUCAACUCCUUGAAGGAGGAAUUUGGAGAGGACACCUACGGGUUCAUAGGCGAGGAGUCGGUGGCCAAAGGCAUUCCCUGCAUUCUGAGCGACAAACCCACCUGGAUCAUUGACCCGGUGGAUGGAACCACCAACUUUGUCCAUGGGUUCCCAUUUGUGGCGGUGUCUAUUGCCUUUGCAGUCAAAAAGAGGUUGGAGUUUGGUGUGGUGUACAGCUGCUUGGAAGACAAGAUGUACAAAGCCAGGAGAGGGAAAGGAGCUUUCUGUGACGACGAGCGCAUCCAAGUGUCUGACGUGAAAGAUAUUCACAAGUCCAUCAUCAUCUCUGAACAUGGGACAGACAGGAGCCCUGAGAAGGUCACCAAGAUCUUCUCCACCAUGCAGAGGAUUCUCUGCAUCCCAGUGCACGGGCUGCGUGGGUCGGGUACUGCUGCCACCAACAUGUGCCUGGUGGCCUGCGGGGCGGUGGAGGCCUUCUUUGAGAUCGGGAUCCACUGCUGGGACAUUGCGGCGGGGGCGGUGAUCGUGACGGAGGCGGGAGGAAUGCUGCUGGAUGUGGAUGGGGGGCCAUUCGAUCUGAUGUCCCGGAGGAUGGUGUCGGCCAACAACGAGGUCAUCGCUAACCGAAUCAUCAAGGAAAUCGAGAUAUUCCCCGCGGAGAGGGACGACGCGGUGACCAAGAAGUGAGAAGCACUCAAAUGGCUUUCUCUGCUUCAUGCAAAUAAAAUGACCACCUUUGACAGUU